AAAACAUGAUACAAUCCGCGACGAAAUUCGAUCCCGACCAACUUCAAGACAUGGACAAGCUUUUGUUCUGGUGUUCGGGACUUGUUACUCUUAGUCCCGACGGGUUUCUUCAACUAUUCCACCAUACAGCAAACGAUUAUCCCAGAUGACAUGGUUUCCUACGGCGGCAGAAGAUCAGACAUGUGUGUUCUGUGAAUACUUGACAAGAAUCACGGACAUCACCGAAGACACGGAAAGCGGCUUCGAAUAUUAUGUAGCAAGGUAUCCACUUUUCACUCAUGCUGCUAUGACUUGGGGACGCCACGCAUUCCAAGCUUUCGGACAAGAACAAAACUUGAGAGAGAGUAGAUCAUACAAAGUUGUCAAGGUGUUCCUUCACAGCCCUCGAACAGUCCAGUUUGUCAUCGAGACACUGAGACGAAACAUCAAGUUGGUUUGGAACAGAUUGCCAAAGCAGAGCUUCUCCCGGUACUGGACGAGUCUUCACCUAGCGACAUUUUUUGGGCUCACAGAGAUCGUGAAGGACUUUCUUUCAGAAAAUGGAGGUAUGGCGAACGUGGCUGCCAGAGGUGGCGAUUCGCUAGUUUCAUUGGCCGCGGCGUGUGGCUACAGACCGACUCUGGACUUUGUACUGGGGGACAAUGUGAACGCAAACAGGCGCAAAUUUGACGAAGCUCUGUUGGGAGCAGCUCAAGCAGGCAAUCGAGACAUUUCGAGGAUGGUCUUGGGUUAUGGAGCAGACCCUACCAAGUCAGCGCCGUUGUUUAUCGCGUCUCGGGAUGGCCACGAAGAUAUUGUUCGUCUGCUACUGAAUGCGACCCCAGGAUUGGUCAAACCAGUGCAUGGAGAGUCUGUGCUUGUCGCCAACAAAAAUGGGCACUCAAACAUUGUUCGUUUCUUCUUUGAACGAGGGGCUGCUAUGUACGCAAACUUUGGCAAACUGCUAUCUGCAACCAUCAAGAGGAGGGACAAAGAUAUGGCUCGAUUCCUUCUGGGAGUUUUACCGCGACGAGGUGCUGUAGAGCCUGAAGAGAUAACGGAAUUGCUCUUCCUCGCAAUUGCAGAAGACGACGUUUCUAUGGUUGAACUUCUUCUGGAGCAUGGGGCAAACACUCAGGGAAGAAACCAAGAUGGGUUGACACCCAGGGAGGUGGCAUAUGAACGUAAUCAAGACGAUAUUCAAAAGGCCAUAGCAUCGUGGGAAAAGAAGAGGAGAAGCAGAUAAGAUGUUGCCGCUGGAAACCAAGACGAUCGUGGGCGGAUCAAAGUUCAACGUAUGUCGCUAAUCUGUUCUCUGCCAACUUUCCCCGCGUGUGCCUCGCAAAACUAAAUCACGGGCUUA